AUGGGACAAAUAAUAAGGGUUUAUACCGGCAGUGACAACGAGAGCCAUUUCGAGGAACUUACCCCGGAUCAAUUCGCCGACAUCGCCAACAACGUCGGCACCGGCGACCUCACCGUCGGCCGCCGCGAAUCACCCAGUUUUUCCGAUUACCACAACGCUCCCCGCCGGCAGUACGUCGUGAACCUCAACGGCAUCGCCGAAUUCGAGGUCGCCGACGGCACCACCGUGCGCAUGUUCCCCGGCGACGUACUCGUUGCCGAGGACCUCACGGGACACGGCCACAUCGCUCGAAGCAUCGGCGAUGAUUUCCGCGUCUCCCUGGCAGUGCCCCUGGCUGAAGGCUAA